CUCCAAACAACAAACCACCAAAAAACACCACAAUGGGCCUCCUACAAUUCCUCGUAUCCUUCCCUCAGGCCCUGGUCCACGUCCCCUUCUCACUCCUCCGCUACAUCCUCUCCCCACGCUUCCGCCCAGACAAAACCUGGACCUUCGCCCAAGCAGCAAAAGUCCGCUUCCUCCGCGCCGUAAUCCACCUCUUCUCAGCCCUCCAGCUGCGCACUCCCACGCCCCUCGACGCCGGCGCCGAAGGCGACGCCUGGGUCCGCAUCCGCUUCCAAGACGAAUGGCGGACGUACCUCAAAGGCGACCUCCUCACGGGCGAAAAAGAAGGCGUCAAAGCCGGAGAUGUAGGAGGGACAUGGUACACGCAACCUACCUCGUCCAUAACCCCCAAACCAUCGCCAUCCAGCAACGACGACUCGAACCUCACGAUCCUGCAUUUCCACGGCGGCGCCUUCGUGCUAGGCGACGGCCGCGCAAAAGCAACCGCAUUCCUAGCCCAAACCCUCCUGGCGCCAUUCCCCGCCUCGACCCGUCUCCUCGCGCCCCAGUACCGCCUUUCCACGCUCCCGGCUUCCGCGGACUCGAAUCCUUUCCCUGCGGCUCUCCAAGACGCGCUCGCCAGCUAUCUCCAUCUCAUCCUCGACUGCGGCAUCCCGCCCGCCAACGUGAUCCUUAGUGGCGACUCGGCAGGUGGCAACCUCGCCAUCGCUCUGCUCCGCUAUCUCUCCGACUACGGCGCCGACCUGGGGCUCCGAGGACCGGGCGCCGCAUUACUAUGGUCACCCUGGAUCGACCCUUCGCUCGUCUCGCCUUCCAUCCUCCUCGCGAACCCGAAUUUCGCCUCCGAUAUCUUGCCCCCGCCGUUUGUGGUCUGGGGAUCCGAAGCUUACUGCUCUCCUCCUUCCUCGUCCUCUGCUCUUCCUAAACCCCGGGAAAACCCGUAUAUCAAUGCCAAGAUAUCGGGUUUUAAUACUGAUACGCCGUUGUUUGUCAAUGUCGGCGGUAGGGAGGUGCUGUGUGAUGAUGGGACUGAGUGGGUGGAUGCGAUGAGCAGGGUUACUGGCAAUCGGGUUACGUUGGAUGUCGAGGCUAAGGCGCCGCACGAUGUGCUGCUUUUGGGGGAUCAGUUGGGGUUUGAGGACGUUGCUGCGAGGCAGUGUGCUAGAGCUGAGAAGUGGGUUGGUGCUGUUAGGGAUGGGAAGUAG